AUGGCCAAUACUUAUCAGCACCAGUCAAGUCCUGCGGUAGCCGCAAAGUCCUUCCUCAUGCAACUCAACCGGAAUAUCUCACAGCCCUUCACCGCCGCUUUUCUGGCAGGUGGUGUUGCAGGAGCUGUCUCACGGACAGUAGUUUCACCACUCGAAAGAUUGAAAAUUCUCUACCAGGUGCAGAGUGCCGGAAGAAACGAAUAUCAUAUGUCAAUAUACAAGGCACUGAAAAAGAUGUGGAUAGAAGAGGGUUGGCGAGGUUUCAUGAGAGGUAAUGGCACCAACUGUGUCCGGAUAAUACCGUACUCAGCUGUGCAAUUUGGGAGUUACAAUAUCUACAAAAGAUUUGCAGAACCUUCGCCAGGAGCGGACCUGUCACCGUUGCGAAGAUUGGUAUGUGGUGGCUGUGCAGGCAUUACCUCUGUGACAUUUACCUACCCUUUGGACAUUGUGAGAACACGGCUAUCGAUACAGUCUGCAUCAUUCGCUUCAUUAGGUAAAACACAAGGACAUUUACCGGGAAUGAUGGCAACUAUGAUCAAGAUGUACAAGACAGAAGGGGGCAUCACUGGGCUCUACCGGGGCAUAAUUCCCACUGUGGCUGGCGUUGCGCCCUACGUCGGGCUCAACUUCAUGGUCUAUGAGUCAAUACGCAGUUACUUCACUCCCGCUGGUGACAAGAAUCCGGUAUGGUAUCGUAAGCUUGCCGCUGGUGCCAUUUCAGGUGCUGUUGCUCAAACAUGCACAUAUCCUUUUGAUGUCCUACGGCGAAGGUUUCAGAUUAACUCAAUGCCAGGAAUGGGGAAUCAAUACACGUCCAUCAGCCAUGCAAUCCGAACCAUCCUAUCACAAGAAGGGGUCUUAGGCUUGUACAAAGGAAUUGUCCCCAACCUGCUCAAGGUGGCACCAAGCAUGGCUAGCAGGAGAAUGUUCGAUGCGGGCUUAGAGGACGCUCUAGGUGGUGAUGUCUCUGGCGCAGAUGAUACCGGUAUUGACCUAGAUCGCCAUCAUGUUCGAAACAAUCACCGCAAAGCUCCCAAGAGCGACAACGUCUACCUCAAGCUCCUGGUGAAGCUCUACCGCUUCCUAGCUCGCCGCACCGACUCCAACUUCAACAAGGUAGUCCUCCGCCGCCUCUUCAUGUCCAGGAUCAACCGUCCCCCAAUGUCCAUCUCCCGCAUCGUCAAUAUCACCGGCGCCAACAGCGAACACCCGACCCACACCGACAAGAUCAUCGUCGUAGUCGGCACAGUCACCGAUGACAACCGCCUGCUCACCGUGCCCGAACUCCACAUCGCCGCUCUACGCUUCACUGCUACGGCCCGUGCGAGGAUCGAAAAGGCAGGUGGAGAGUGCAUGACGAUCGAUCAGCUGGCCAUGAAGGCUCCGACUGGUGCGAACACGCUGCUGCUUCGAGGUCCGAAGAAUGCCAGGGAGGCGGUCAAGCAUUUUGGGUUUGGGCCGCAUAGUCACAAGAAGCCGUACGUGCAGAGUAAGGGGAGGAAGUUUGAGAAGGCGAGAGGUAGGAGACGGUCGAGGGGUUUCAAGGUCUGA